GCCAACUUCAGAUAAUAAUGUUAGAGCAACUGUGUGCGAGUUUAAUGUUCGUGUUAUGCUAUCUGUGUUAGCCCUAGAUUGAGUUGUUUCACAGCCGGAUUAUACAGUUUUGCAACGCGAAAGCAGAUAAAUCCAGAAUGGCCGAAAGUUUGGACGCUGUAGAAUUGAUGCCGGAUGCUGAUGGGGUCGCUGAAAUAACGAAGAAGGAUGCUAAUCCACAAGAGCGCAAUCGCUGCCACGAAUGCUGCGAUCAGUGGGCAUCUACAUUUUAUUUUUUUAUCAUGUUGUUUGGUGUUAUUGGCCUGCUAGUCUGGUUAAUUACGUUUUGUUUUUACAAAAGCAACGGCAUAGAUGCGGUGAAAUUAGUAUCCGAGGCUCAUACAGUCGAGAACAUUUGGAUAACUUUUAUGGUUGUUGAAGUGCUUGUCUUUGUGAUUGUGCUUGUCUUUGUGAUUGUAUCAGUCUAUAUUGGUCAGCUUUAUGCGUGUGGUUGUAAGUCAAACGACAAAUGGUGCAAACGAGUCAGUGAUUCUUGUGGAAAAGCAUGCAGUGGCGCCUUUAUAAACAAAUGUACAUUCAUCUCGUCCAUCUGGCCUUACACGCAUGUGGUGAUAAUAACGGCUUCUGUCAUUAUUCAGAUUGUCUGCGCUAUUGUGAUGGUGUUUUAUACAUGCAGGAUCGAGUAUCACAUGAAUGAACGUCUGAAAUGGACUCUGGAUUACAAUGAAUUUAAGCCUCAUUGGGACGCGGUGCAAGUUGAGAAAGUAUGCUGUGGUGUACAUGGACCAGACGAUUAUAUUAAUACUACAAUGUAUAACGCAAGUGGGAAGUAUGUUCCCGAGACAUGCUGUGUUUUAACCAACGAUCAAGAAAUUGAUUAUCCACAAGCAAAGAACGAGACGCUUUGUCAGGAACAAGCAAAGCAACUGCAAACUGAUCCCACUCUGAUCACCACAUUUGUAAAAUCUGAAGGAUGCUAUGACCCCAUUUUAAAAGACUUUCGCAUGUACAUAAAAUGGCGGUACAAUGUAGCUAUCGUGUUGGGUGGAGUUGAGGGUUUUUUCCUACUUAUACUCUGCUGUGUUAUUGCCUGUAUUUAGUUUGCAACUGCGAUGAUAGCACACAAGAUAAGAAUGCGACGUUUAACUAGGCUGCCCUUUUAUACCAACGUUGAACAGUAGUUUAGAGUAACAAUGUAUUUAAGGUAAGCACACAAGAAACGAAUGCGACGUUUGAAUAGGCUGUCCUAAUGUACCAAUGUGGAGCAGUGGAUUAGAGUCGAACUACAUGUUUUAUGUUGAAGGACAUCUUUGUAAAAAUAAAAAGAUUUAAUUCAUACAUAACAUAAUUUAACACAAAAACUUAUAUUAGUAUUUUGAGGGAUGUGUGUUAUUUAUAACUGUAAUUGAUUAUGCUUAUAUUUGUAAUUUCUCGAUUGAAGUCUUCAUUAAGAUUUCAUUGUGUUUCUGCGGGGAAUAUUAAACGAUUGGAUAGUUAAAUUGUAUUUACAAUAGUAUUCUAUAAUAUUAUGUUACUUUUUAUAUUUUGAAUGACAACGAUUAUGUAACGUCGAUUUAAAAUUGAAUAUUUUUUUACGAAUGAGAAGCUUUAUAUGUCUAAAUAUCGAUUAAAACAACACAAACAACAAUAAUAACAACAUCGUUCUCAUCAACAACAGCAAGAAUAAUCUAUUUUCAUUUCAGCUUGAUAACGUUUUUAAGCGUAAAAGAUAAUAUUUCAUUCAUCUAAACACCACGCAAUAUAUACAAACAUUCAAUGAUGAUAAAUUAUGAAUGAGCACAAUUCUUUAAAUUAAGCAAAUUUACUUUAAAUAAUUCGAUGUGCGAAAAAAGAUUUACUUAUAUUGAUAAAUGGUCACUCAUUUAUCGUACCUAUCUUAUUUCUUUUAACAAAGACAUUGUAUAGCUGAAAACAAUUUUUACAAAAGUGUUGCAUCAUAAUUUAUUUUCGGGAAUAUGUAUUUUGCUUAAUUUAAUAUUUGUUUUUUUUGGUUGUUUGCAUAAAGUUACCUUUUCUUGGUAAACUGUCGGCCACCGACAACAAUAUUGGGUUGAAUAUUUUAUUCUUAAGGCAAUUUAUAAGGAACAAGUUGUUAGUAAAUGAUAUUCGCUUCAAUUUGAAGAAAAUAACACAGUUUAUUCAUUUUUUUCACGUCUUAUGUUAGUAUGGCGAUCGCUUUCAAUGUCUUUGUUGUGAUGGAUAUCACAAUCGUGAUGACUGGUUGACGCAUUAUCAUUUUUCAAGAAAUUUGAGAUGAAAUGUCCCUUCCUGCACACUAUCCCGACACUUUGGAAAAUAGUAGUUGUUCUAUGAUGGAAAUGCACGCUUAGUGUUUCUUGAUCCUUUUUCGAUGUAAUAUGUAUAGUAAAUAUUAUCUUUACGAAUAGUUAAGCACGAACAACAACAUUUUAUCGAAUGAUUUAAUUGUUUUCCUGUGUGUCAAAAUUGUAUUGAUCGAACAUUAAAUCAAGCAAUGCAGAGCGUUAGAUACUUGAUUUUUGAGUAAAAUAAAAAUUGCCGUUUUUUUAAAGGUAUUUAAACUGUUUCGUAUACUUCGUUGUUUCGUUGUAUGAUGGAAAUGUACGAUUAGUGUUUCUUGAUCCUUUUUAUGCCCCCGGAUCGAAAGAUCGGGGGUAUAUUGUUUUUGGCCUGUCUGUCUGUUGUCUGUCAUUGUGUCAGUCAGUCAUUGUAUGUGUGUGUCACAAACCUUUAACCUUGGUUAAAAUUUUAUAACUUUUGAAAUAUUGAAGAUAGCAACUUCAUAUUUGGCACGCAUGUGCAUCUCAUGGAGAUGCACAUUUUGAGAGGUGAAAAGUCAAGGUCAAGGUCAUCCUUCAAGGUCAAAGGUCAAAUAGAAUUGUUUUUUUUCGUUUCUUAAACUUUAACCUUCGUUAAAGUUUGGUCAUAACCUUUUGAAUAUUGAAGAUAGCAGCUUGAUAUUUGGCAUGCAUGUGCAUUUCAUGGAGCUGCACGUUUUGAGUGGCUAAAGGGUCGAGGUCAUCGUGCAAGGUCAAAGGUCAAAUUUUUGGCUUCAAAGCGGCGCAAUAGGGGCAUUGUUUUUAUGACAAACACAUCUCUUGUAGGAUAUAAGUUAUUUCGUUUUACUUUUAUUACAUUCAAAUCCAUUCGGUAACAGUAUUUGACAAUAUAUUGUAACAAUGGCCGGAUGGAUUUUGGUGAUUUUAAAAACAAAACAUGGUCAUCGGCGAAUAAAAAAUGGAAUAAUUUAGUUUCAUCUAUUGUGAUUCUAUCUUAUAUGUUGUAGUCGAUUUCAUCGUGAACGAAAGUAAAAAAGGGUAAAAUUGGGCAGGGGUCUCCCUGUUUGACGCCCACUGAUAUCUGUAUGAAAUCUGAUACUGUUUUAUUGAAUUAAUUAAGGUUUCCUAAUAUUUAUACCUGGUUUUAAUUUUUCUUUCAUCGAUUGUGAUUCUAUCUUAUUUGUUGUAGUCGAUUUUAUCGUGAAUGAAAGUAAAAAAGGGUAAAAUUGUGCAGGGGUCUCCCUGUUUGACGCCCACUGAUAUCUGUAUGAAAUCUGAUAAUGUUUUAUUGAAUCAAUUAAAGUUUCCUAAUAUUG